AUGGCUGACCGGUACAUCCCCGAGCAUCGCCGAACUCAGUUCAAGGCGAAGAACACUUUCAAGCCCGACGAACUCCGACGUCGCCGCGAAGAGCAGCAAGUCGAGAUUAGAAAGGCCAAGAGAGAGGAGAACUUGGCCAAGCGUCGUGGUAUUGGCUCUGGCGACCAGCGACCCGGUGCAUCUCUGGGCGCUGCUCCUGAUAGCGAUGAUGACACUGCUCCCUCGGAGUCUCAGCUCAACGAGGACCUGCCUCAGAUGUGCCAAGGUGUCUUCUCGGAACAAAUCGAUCUUCAAAUCCAGGCCACCACCAAAUUCAGAAAGCUUCUCUCCAAGGAGCGCAACCCUCCUAUCGAGGAAGUUAUCAAGACUGGCGUCGUUUCCCGAUUCGUCGAGUUCCUGCGCUCCCCGCACACUCUAGUCCAGUUCGAGGCUGCUUGGGCUCUAACCAACAUCGCCUCUGGAUCUGCCACACAAACCCAGGUCGUCAUCGAGGCCGGUGCCGUGCCCAUUUUCGUUGAGCUGUUGGGAAGCCCCGAGCCCGAUGUUCGUGAGCAGGCUGUUUGGGCUCUUGGCAAUAUUGCUGGCGAUAGCCCCUCGUGCCGUGACUAUGUCCUGAGCUGCGGUGCACUGAAGCCGCUUCUCGCCCUCUUGGGAGACAGCCGCAAGCUGAGCAUGCUCAGGAACGCCACAUGGACUCUGAGCAAUUUCUGUCGAGGCAAAACCCCCCAGCCUGACUGGAACACGAUUGCACCUGCUCUCCCUGUUCUCGCCAAGCUUGUGUACUCUUUGGAUGAUGAGGUCCUGAUCGAUGCUUGCUGGGCCAUCUCGUACCUUAGCGACGGUUCCAACGACAAGAUCCAGGCUGUCAUCGAAGCCGGCAUCCCCCGUCGUCUUGUAGAGCUGUUGAUGCACGCAUCAACAUCCGUUCAAACACCCGCUCUGCGUUCGGUCGGUAACAUCGUGACCGGCGAUGACGUCCAGACUCAGGUCAUCAUCAACUGCGGUGCUCUCCCUUGCCUUCUGUCCCUUCUAAGCUCCAACAAGGACGGAAUCCGUAAGGAAGCCUGCUGGACAAUCUCGAACAUCACUGCCGGCAACAGCCAGCAGAUCCAGUCCGUCAUUGAUGCCAACAUUAUCCCGCCUCUGAUCCACCUGCUGUCGAACGGCGACCUUAAGACGAGAAAGGAGGCCUGCUGGGCCAUUAGCAACGCGACUAGCGGAGGUUUGCAAAAGCCCGAGCAAAUCCGCUACCUGGUUUCCCAGAACUGCAUCCGUCCACUUUGCGACCUCCUUAGCUGCCCUGACAACAAGAUCAUUCAGGUUGCUCUUGAUGGCCUUGAGAACAUUCUUAAGGUUGGUGACCUGGAUAAGCAGGCCGCUGGCGACGGUCCUGAGUCGAUCAACCGCUAUGCUCUCUUCAUCGAGGAGUGCGGUGGUAUGGAGAAGAUCCACGACUGCCAGACCAAUGCCAACGAGGAGAUCUACAUGAAGUCAUACAACAUCAUCGAGAAGUACUUCUCUGACGAGGACGAAAACGCCGAUGAGGGCAUGGCUCCCCAGGCCCAAGGUGCCAAUGGAACUUUCGGUUUCGGAACCAACGGCGCUCAGGGCGGUUUCAACUUCGCCAACGGAGGCGACUCCAUGGAUAUGUAG